CACCCGCAAACGACAAGAUGUAUAAAGGGAGAAUUAUUUACCAACAUAUUUUAUUCAAAUACUAGCAUAUCGUUUAUAUCCGGACAUAUCUAUUAGUUUAAGAAAACCUACUGUUAUAGAUAUAUGACAUAUAUGGAGUUAAAUAAAUUUGUAAAAAUAUUAUACGGUGGACGGAAGAAAAUUAUUCUGAAUGUAACGUGAAAUGGAUUUCGAUAAAGGCGUUUUUAAUAAUUAUAAAUGAGCGGAUGUUGAUAAGAGUCGGAUGGUCGUAUGGGCAGCCUACCGGAUCUGACGGAGCGAACGCGGCCGCAAAGUAUCCGGACCGCGGCCCGGACCGUGUCCGAUCCACACCGUCACCGGACUGUCAUUACUCAGAUACCAGUAAACACGAUAUGCAAAAAAGAAUGGCCAUGGAGGAAAUCGAAGGCACCGAUAAAAGUUCCUGUCGCUGUAACCAACCGGCGACGGGACUCGGCUGCUUCCUCAGUAGGAGCGGCUUCCGUUCGUCGCCUCAUUACCAGACAACCGCCAAAGAUACCGAAACCUCUCGUCACUCGUUUCACUUUACUGUGUGUAGCCAGCGGCUUGUGCUCGACAGCCCUGCUACCUUUCACAGCUUUUGCAGGCGCAGAAGCCGGAGCAAUGCCACUCGCGAUUAUGCACACAGCAGCUGCAGUAGUAGCACCCUUUUCUCCUCUUAUUCUACAAAAAUCGGGAACGAGGAUAGUGAUAACAACAGCACAUAUCCUAGUUUGCAUCCUCCUCACAGCGCAUACAAUAGCAACACCUUUGUCAAUUUUACUACCGUUGUACGCCAUUUCUGGCAUAACGCUUUCUCCAAUGUCGCUGGCUUUAUCCGUGUCUGCGACCUCCUUAGCUCAGGCGGCUGGCGAUGAGUGCAGAAGAAAGAUAGCUUUACGAAGAGGAUUGAGGGCUCUUCGAGCGGCACAAGAUUUAGGUCUUGUAUUUGGAUCACUUUUACUUGGAGGAGCGUUGAUAUUAUGGCCUGAAAAUCUGUCGCCAUUGCAAUUUAUAUCGACAUCAAUAGAUAAUUCAUCCGUGACAAAAUGGUCCGACGAAUACUCUUUGGAUGACGAUUAUGAGGAGAAAACGUGUGGAUCAGCGGGAUGCCCUGGUGUUCAAUUUUUGCUGGGAUCUUCUUUAAACGCUGAAGGUCGUCGAAUUCUUGUCGCACUAUGGGCGACACUGACACUAGCCGCAGCUUGCCUGGGCCUGUACGGCGCCGCCUCCACACCUGCUCCGCCUCCAGAUGCCCGCUCCAUAGUUAAGGAUCCUCGAGCAUUACUGGGUGCGCCGAUGGGACUCUUUAUCGGUCUUCAACAGGGAUUUAUCUAUACGUCAUAUAUUAAGUGGUACGGUGUGUGCGUCGGGGGCUGGAGCGGUGCGUGGCGAGCGCUGUGCGGCGCUGGAGCGCUGCAGGCUCUAGCCGCUGCGACUCUGAGCAUGGCGGCGGCGCGCGGUCGGCGGGUCGCACUCGCCGUGGGCGGCGCCGCCGCGCACGCGUCGCUGCUCCUCGCCCUCCUGCGCUGGCGCGCCGAGAGAAGUGACUUGGCUCUUCCCGCCGUUGCUGCUGCAGCGUGGGGCGCCUGUGCCGCUUUGUGGGACGUUUUACAGGCGGGUAUAUGCGUGGGCGGCGGCGGCUGGCGCGGGCCGUGGUCCGCCACGCUGGCGGCGCGCCACGCCGGGCUGGCGCUCGCGUGCGCGGCGCGCGCGCUGUUGUGUGUGCGCACUCAGCUGGCGGGGCUCGCCCUCGCCCUCGCCUCGGCCAUCGCCGCUCAAGUGACGCUCGAGCUGCGCAUUCGCCGCACCGAGCGACAUCGCUCCUAACGACGAGCUGCGGGCGGAACUCCGCUCGCUCAGCACGAGGAGGACGUCGCUUGCAACGUUCUAAAUUAACAUGUUUUAUACGAUAUCGUUACCGACUCGGCUCCGAAUUCUAAGCCGUGUCCCGAUUGCGAUUCGCAUAUUUGAUAAUCGAACGUGUAACUGAUGACUAUUUUCGAUCGUCGAGUCUUUUAUCGAAUCGAAUUUCAAUCUUUGAUUUUGUAUUUGCGAACCGCAAUUACGGCUCGAGAGGGUUCUAUCACGGCUUAGACCCUUACUCGUAAAGUUGGCUGUUAAAUGUAAGAUUAUUUAGGGAAAAUGGACGUAUUUGUACAUAGAAUAAAUAAAUUAAUGAUUGAAUUAUAUUGAAUGAGUAGAUUUGAAUGAAAUGAACAAGUUUAUAAUGUAGUUUACAAGCUGUCUAAAACUAAACACUACAUCCAGAAAUCUUAAAAAAAAAAUGAAUCGACUGGAUUUUUUUCAAUAUUAGGAUUAAGCACUUGUAUUCGCUUUUCAAUUUACACUUCUUCCAAGUUAUUAUCGAUACCCCCUACACAGGGUGAGAUUAUAUGUCGAGCUGUGAAAUAAUAUACUUAUCUAUAAAAUUAUAAGAUUGUCUUCAUGUUCAGAUGUUUUACGUGUUUUGUACUUAUAGACGUACUUUUCUGAAAACUUUUC